UUUUUACGCAUGCGUACUAUUUGUUUCUGAUUGCUGUGUGAUUGUCCCCGUCUGUCAAGUCGUGAUCCUCGUGGUCGAACGGUCGCCCGGUCACCUCGUCGCUGUUACUGAAAAUGUCGGGGAAGUCUAAGGCAUUUACCAAAGAGGAAGAACUGCUGUUGCAGGACUUUUCCAGGAACGUAUCGACGAAGUCCUCAGCAUUGUUCUACGGCAAUGCCUUCAUCGUUUCGGCGAUACCCAUUUGGCUAUUUUGGAGAAUACAUUUGAUUGAUCUGUAUUCUAACAUAAUCUCUUUCAUACUGGUUACAUUAGUGAGCACAUAUGCCCUUGCCUUGGCAUAUAAAAACACAAAAUUUAUUCUCAAACAUAAGAUUGCUGUAAAAAGAGAAGACGCUGUAACUAAGGAAAUAAGCCGAAAACUUGCAGAGGACAAAAAAAUGAGCAAAAAAGAAAAGGAUGAAAGGAUCCUGUGGAAGAAGAAUGAAGUAGCAGAUUAUGAAGCAACAACGUUCUCAAUUUUCUACAAUAACGCCCUUUUCUUGGCAUUCGUUAUCGUAUCUUCGUUUUAUGUUUUAAAAACAUUCACGCCUGCGGUAAACUAUAUAUUGUCCGUAGGCGCUACCAGCGCAUUCUUAGCACUAUUCUCAACAGGAUCCCAAUAAUAUAUACUAUAAACUCACAUAUUUUGUUAACUAAUUCCAUAAGAAACCUCCAACUGUUCGAUUUACCUUUUAUAUGGAAUAAUUAUGAAUAAUAAAUACAUUUCUAUUUGUAAUAAAA